AUGUCAUCUUCUGAGGUCCAAGGAUUUCAAGUCGCUUUAGAGGAGGCUCGUAAGAGCUAUGAAGAAGAAGGGAUUCCUAUUGGAGCUGCCCUUGUCGAUGAAGAUGGUACUGUUCUUGGAAGGGGCCACAAUAUGCGAGUACAGAAAUCAUCACCAACAUUACACGCAGAAAUAGCAGCCUUGGAAAAUGCCGGCAGAUUAAGUGCCAGCGUUUACAGAGGAUGUACCAUGUACACUACGUUAUCACCUUGUGAUAUGUGCUCUGGUGCAUGUAUUUUAUAUGGAAUUAAGAGAGUUGUUUUAGGUGAAAACUCAACUUUUGUUGGAGCGGAAAAGCUUUUAGAAUCCAAAGGAGUCAAAAUAGAGAACUUGAACAACGAAGAAUGUAAGCAUUUGAUGGCCAGUUUCAUUAAGAAACAUCCCGAAGAAUGGGCUGAGGAUAUUGGUGAAUGA